AAAUUUUUGGGUGAACUAACCCUUUAACUACAAAAGUUCCACAAUGACAUCAUCCUCCAGGAAGUUACAUCAUUUUGGAGGGAAAACAACGGCACAAACAUCAGCAUGAGUGACCUACAUGUUUGAUGGUGUCUAUAAAGUCACUCCACGUCUCCUUGUAGAAGACGGCUACAUGUGGCUGAAAGCUGAUACCAGAUUCCUGGAGUGUUUCUCAGCAGUCAAGGACGUCUGACCCACACACAUUUAUAAACAUUUAGUGCCUGUCAUGACCCGAAACGAAAGGUCACAAGAGCCCCGAAGCCGGAAAACAGCUGACAAGAAAAGAAGAAGUAUCAGCUUCCAGAGAACGAUUGAUUUGUAAAGAAGAGGAAGAUUCCAGACCCACUGCCACAAACAACCGUGAAGUGACAUAGGGCCUCUUGAACAGGGAAUUAAAACCUCCUGACUUGUGCUGCCAAGGUCAUGCCAGUGCCAGGGGUUCAAGAUGACCCACAAGGGCAUCAGAGAGUACAUACAGAGCGCGUGAAAAGCAGAUGUUCAGAAGGCAGGAGGAGGUGAUUCAGGCUUUUACCAGCGAUCAAAUCAAGCCAUAAAAUUCUCAUUUGGGAUACUUAUCGACUCAGAAAUCAAGCCUUACAGUGGACCAUCUGCUGACAUCGAUUGCAACAGGUACUUGUGCUCUGUGCAGGGUAUGUUUUGGCCAGUUGCCUGUCUGUGCUGAAACGAGGGUUCAAAAGUCCUCAGCUGACUCAACAUUGGCAGUCCGAGGAGACGUUGUGGCUAACUGCCUCUCUCGCAAGUACAGUCUACAAUACUGUGUAGUCGGCUAUGUCUCAUUUCAGUAUUGAUGACUCAGGAAUUCAACAUGACAUGCAUCAACAGUUCCCUGUUGAUGAUGCUACAACAUUGAACUUGUCCGCCUUCACCAUGUCCGAGUAUCCAGAGGGAGAAAGCCCUCUGCUUCAGCUACAGGAAGUGGAUUCCAGCAGGGUGGGAGGUCACGUCCUCUCACCUAUCUUUAACUCCUCCUCUCCAUCCCUGCCGGUGGAGAGCCAUCCCAUCUGUAUCCCAUCACCCUACACAGACCUCGGCCAUGACUUCACCACUCUGCCCUUCUGCAGUCCCGCUCUGCUGGGUUACGGCACAUCGCCUCUGUCCGACUGCUCAUCAGUGCGGCAGUCUCUAAGCCCCACCUUCUUUUGGCCACCUCAUAGCCAAGUUCCAUCACUUGCAUUACAUCAACAACAGACUCGAUUACAACAAAACCAUCCAACUGGUGGAACUUGGGCGGAACUUACACCAUAUGAUCACGGCGAAGAGGAAUACAGAAAACCACUGGUGAAGAGGGUAGCAGAUGCAGAGGAGACUUCUACCUCUUCAAGAUGCAAAGCUGACAUGCACUACUGUGCAGUCUGUAGUGAUUAUGCCUCUGGGUACCAUUAUGGCGUGUGGUCGUGUGAAGGAUGCAAAGCCUUCUUCAAGAGGAGUAUACAAGGACACAAUGACUACAUCUGCCCUGCCACCAACCAGUGCACCAUCGACAAGAACCGCCGCAAAAGCUGCCAGGCCUGCCGACUCCGGAAGUGUUAUGAAGUUGGAAUGAUGAAAUGUGGGUUACGGCGAGAUCGUGGCAGCUACCAACAAAGAGGAGCACAGCCGAAGCGAAUGGCACGAUUCUCUGGCAGGAUGAGAACAAGUGGCCCGAAAUCUCAAGAGAUGAAAAGUGUCCCACGUCCCCUCAGUGGAAAUGAGGUGGUUACCAUGGCGUUGAGCCCUGAGCAACUCAUCGCUCGCAUCAUGGAUGCAGAGCCACCUGAGAUUUACCUCAUGAAAGAUGUGAAGAAGCCAUUUACUGAGGCCAUCGUCAUGAUGUCACUGACCAACCUGGCUGACAAAGAGCUCGUUCACAUGAUCAGCUGGGCCAAGAAGAUCCCAGGUUUUGUGGAGCUCAGUCUUUUUGACCAGGUCCAUUUGUUAGAGUGCUGCUGGUUAGAGGUGCUGAUGUUGGGACUAAUGUGGCGUUCUGUUAAUCACCCUGGAAAGCUCAUUUUCUCUCCAGACCUCAGUCUCAGCAGAGACGAAGGCAGCUGUGUGCAGGGGUUUGUGGAAAUCUUUGAUAUGCUGCUGGCAGCCACGUCCAGAUUCAGAGAACUCAAGUUACAGAGAGAGGAGUACGUGUGUCUCAAAGCCAUGAUUCUCCUGAACUCCAACAUGUGUCUGAGUUCGUCUGAGGGAGGAGAGGAACUGCAGAGCAGGUCGAAGCUGCUGUGUCUGCUGGACUCAGUGACGGAUGCUCUGGUAUGGGCCAUCUCGAAGACAGGCUUGAACUUUCAGCAGCGCUCCACCAGACUAGCCCAUCUGCUCAUGCUGCUCUCCCACAUAAGGCACCUCAGUAACAAAGGCAUGGACCACCUCCACUGCAUGAAGAUGAAGAAGAUGGUUCCUCUGUAUGACCUGCUUCUGGAGAUGCUGGACGCUCAUAUCAUGCACAGCUCACGUCUGUCUCACUCCGGCCCUCGAGAGGGCAAAGGCGUCCAGGAGGCCUUCACCUGCGCUUCUCAGCAUGGACCCUAAACUCUGUCUGUGCUGAAGGAUGAUUUGUAGUUUCGGGAAGAUGAACAACAAAAACAGCCAAAAAAAAAGUGGAAUAGGAUUUCACAAGUUGAAAAACAUCACGGAUGCCUUGAAUGUUUUUCCUGUGAACUUUUUUUUUUUUUCACAGACAAGAUGGACCUGGUGUACAAUUUCUACUUUUUCAUUUCUUUCUAUACAGUAAGCUUGCUACUGUCACUUUCUGUAAAAUAAAAAAAAAAAAAAAAAAAAAAUCAGCAUCACGAUGCCUAUAACAAAUGCUGUAGAUAGAGCGGCUAUUGACAACCCUGUCGGAAAUGAACAGAUCAGAUUCCAACACUUGUAAAAUGACUGUAUGAACGAUGAGAGAUUAGUCUCCAGUGUGAACAAAGACUAAAUUCUGGUCCAAAGAUUUGAGACCUGAAUCAAGCCUUUUUUUGGUCAAAGCAAGAGGAUUCAUGAAUGUCAUCUGUUUCUUUGCAUCUGUUAUUUUUGACAAAUGUAACCAAAGCAAAAUGUUUCAAAAAACAGUUACUUUCGUCCUGCUCCCUACCUAGUAAACCCCUUUAACACCAUAAAGGCCUUGUACAAAACAUUUAUACAUUUUCUAGUCAUAUCACCAAUUUAUUCCAUUGUGAAAACUGUUCUGUUUGUAAGAUGAACCACAGUUACCAGAAUUACUUUUGAUAUUGCACUAUU